AUGGUUCUGAUGAAGGCGGGUCCCCCUGGACCCCCAGGCCCCAGUGGCCCCCCUGGGCCCCCUGGACCCCCUGGGCCCCCCGGGCCCUCGAUCACCCAGGAAGCUCUGCUCAAGGAGUUUGGUGGACUGAUCAGAGAUGCGGCGCGACGGCGAGCGUCGCUCCUCCUCCACGAGAGCUGCCCCGAGUGCGAGCCGCUCCCCUCGCUGGGACCCCCGCACAGAGGGGGGCCCGACCUCCUCCCCCUCCUCGGAGAGGCGAGGCCCCCCCUCCCACGUGCCAGGGGGCCCGGCGCCCCUCCUUCGUCACCCCUCCUGCUGCAGGAGGCGUUUCACUGCAAGCUGAGCGCGGCGCUGAGCGUGAGGAAGAGGUCGGCCAAACAGCUCCACGGGUUCCACACGCCCGUAGGCCAGGGUGCGUUUGUGCGAGGGGGAGGCAUGGAUCUGACGAGGGGCCGAUUCACGGCACCCGUCGCCGGCAUCUACCAAUUAGCGGCUCACGUACACCUCGAGCGGACGGAGGGGAAGAAUAAGGGUCGGAGUUCACGGGGUCGUGAGGUCGCGCGUGUCCUCGUCUGCGUUGACGCCCUCUGCCCCCAGCACAGCUCCCUGGAGGGGCGUGCGGGGAUGGAGGGUCGCUCUCUCUCCAUGUUCGCCAGUGGCCUCCUGCAGCUCCAGGCUGGGCAGCAGGUGACCGUCUUGGUAGAGAACGGCUUUGGCAGCGAGAUCACUGUGCGCAACGAAUCCAGUUUCGGCGGCGUGCUGAUGGGUGUGUGAUGACGAGUCCUUCUCAUCACGAUCUCCUCACCACCUCCUCGCCCUCACCCCUACCACCACCAUCACCACGGAAGGGGGGUGCCAACGAUGGCGAAAACACAGGAGCAACAACUAACCAACGUUCGCUGUUAAGUGACGGUGACGUCGCCACCGUUUGUGCCAGGCUAGGUGCACUUUGAGACUCGUGCGCAAAGUGUAAGGCCCACCAGCAGGUCACCGGACAGACCCAGGAGCCAUGGGUUGACUGACUGAAACGACUGGCAGAUGCAAUAGUUGUGCCUCCCACUGUGCCACCUCGCCGCGUUUUAUCUGCCCGGCGCUCCGCUCGUUGUUGUGAGCGUCGCUCCCCUGCCCUCCGCUGCUGUUGGGGGGCGACUGCCUCAACUACCCAGCAGCGUCCUUCACGAGCCUCCUCCAUAGAGGCCGAUCUUGACAUCGCUGGUACCAGUCAUUCACACAAAGAGAACUAUUUCACAUAUAGCCUUCGAGACGAGACACAAGUCCUAUUAGCGAGUGCCUAUUAUGGCUGGGAUGGCGCACGCUGGGUGGACAGCACCGUGCCUGGCCCACUUUGCUGAUUUUUAUGCACUGCAGCAGCUACUCGUAUAAGGUUGAGUCGACCUAGGUGAGGCCCAGGACUGAUUACGAUAUCACUUGCACCUCAUUUUUUUGUCAGAAGGGAGGCGAACUCCAGUCACUGGGUUCACAGUGCGGUGCACUAACCACUGCGCCACCGCUCCACCUGUUGGUCGCACACGCAGCACUGAAACUCCGCGGUGCUUGUGCCAUGCUAGGUACACACACAGUUAUUUGCACGUGAUGGUAAAUCGACAGUCUGCCUGUUUAGAACCAACAAUGUAGCAGUGCUCGUCAACUUUUGAUGACCCCAAGUGGUGGAAAUUCCACAUUCCCAUGGCGGGGACCAGUUAGUCAUAAUUGCAACUGUUGACUUCCCACAAAGUGGUACUAAUUGUAUCGAUCCCGGAUAGAUGAUUGCCUUAGAUUGAGCCGCAUGUGAAAAUAGUUUGGGUUCGGGAUAGAGGCAGGGGCGGAGCCAGGAUUUUGACUUUGGGGGGGCUGACUUCAAUAUUCUGAGAUAUCCAGUGUUUAUGUUUUCCAAUGGGCGCCACAAAUGUAUAAAACAAAUUUUAUUGGAUUUGA